CUAGCCAUGGCCUGGUCUCAGGUCACGGCUUACAACGUUCCCACACCAACCAUAAGGAUGCUCCCACCAAGUGGAAUCCGCUUUUCAAUUCAAGAUGAGCCAGGAAUCAGUCUGGUUGCCUAUCACUAUAACAUUGGAUUCCCAUUGGACCAAGUGGACGCCGGACAAUACAAUGUAGAUGUCACAUCACCUAAAGAUGGAUAUUGGGUCCACGAGAACAGAGCCAUUCCAUCCCAUCUUCCUAUGCUUGGUCAGACGAUAUUCUACUGGGUUUUGGUCAUCUACAACGACGCCGGUUAUACGUUGACUGAUCGCAUCUGGUCGGAACCCAUAGGUAGUGUAACUCCCGGAUGUAGCAGCUACCCAUGUGACUCGUCAUGUGACAUGUCUGUCAUGCCUUGCAAUGGGAUGUUAUUUGAGGAUACAUUUGGCACACUCAACAUGGAUGUAUGGGAGCACGAAAUUACUGCUGGAGGGGGCGGGAACUGGGAGUUCCAAUACUACACCAACAACCGCUCCAACAGUUACGUCAGAGACAACACCCUCUUUUUGAAACCGACACUGACGUCUGACAGAUAUGGAGACGCAUUUAUAACAUCCGGGAGUCUUGAUCUUUGGGGAGCUGCACCAGCCGACCUAUGUACGGGAAACGCCUUCUAUGGUUGCCAGCGCACCGGCUCAGGAAGUAACCCCGUCAACCCGAUCCAAUCUGCCCGUCUUAGGACCGUCAACUCAUUCGCCUUUACUUACGGCAAAGUGGAAGUUGUCGCUAAGUUGCCUGCCGGUGAUUGGCUUUGGCCAGCUAUCUGGCUCCUGCCAAAGCGGAAUGGAUACGGCGGCUGGCCUGCGUCUGGUGAAAUCGAUAUGGUGGAAAGCCGAGGAAACCGAAACUUGUUCGACAGCAACGGCGUCAACGCUGGAGUAAACCAAAUGGGAUCCACGAUGCACUGGGGACCGUACUGGCCAUUUAACGCAUGGCCCAAGACGCACGCUACAAAGAAUUUGGCAACCGGACACUUUGGGGAUGCCUUCCACAAGUACGGAAUGGAGUGGACAUCUAACGGCUUGAAGUUCUUCGUGGACGACGAGUUACUCCUGAACGCAGACCCUGGCGCCAAUGGGUUCUGGGAGUUUGGUGAGUUCGAAGCCGAUGCCCCCGGUACAGACAACCCAUGGAAGGGCUCCGCAUCUAAAGUGGCACCCUUCGACCAAGAGUUCUACAUCAUUCUGAACGUUGCUGUGGGUGGAACCAACUACUUCUCGGAUGGUCUGACCAACCAACCGUACGCGAAACCCUGGUCUAAUGAUUCCCCUACUGCAGCAUCGGACUUCUGGAACGCCAAGGAUGACUGGUAUCCUACAUGGAACCCAGACGUCAACAACGGUGAGGACGCAGCUAUGCAGGUCAAGUCUGUACGAGUCUGGGCUGUGUAAAGUUAGCAACGUUUGUUUAUUCCACAAAAGUUGAACGUUAGGCCUAAGUGUCAGAACUGCUGUGGGCACAGUG